AUGGAUGAUUCCGAACUUCAAGCAAUUCGACAAGCUAGGUUACGCGAGUUGCAAGCUCAACAUACGUCUGGUGGUGGCUCCAAACCGACGGAGGAAGACAGCGAGCAAAAACGCCAAAAAGAAGAGACGAGGCAAGCAAUGCUGACACAAAUUCUGGAAAAUCAAGCUCGUGAGCGACUCGCAAGGAUCUCUAUGGUAAAGGCCGAUAAAGCGCGUGCAGUUGAGGAUCUUUUAAUUCGCAUGGUUCAAGCAGGUCAAUUACGUGGGAAAGUAAGCGAGUCUCAGUUAAUUGAGUUAUUGGAACAAAUUAAUCAACAGCAAAAACCUGAAACGAAAAUUGUGUUUAACCGACGGAGAUUUGAUUAUGAAGACGAAGAUGACUAUAACUUUUGA